AUGGAAACCACGGAGAAGCAGCAUCUGUUGGACGCCGCGCCGGGAGCCGGGUCUUACACCGAAUCCCUCAGGCAGGAGCGGGCUGGUCGGAUCCCUCUCCCGGCACCUGGCCUGAACUUGCAGGCCAUUGAGCUGGCCGCCCAGAGCAAUCAUUACUGCCAUGCUCAGAAGGGGCCUGUCGGUACCUGUGACCCUAAGAAGAAGUGGGCCCGUCGCCAGCUCUAUGUGGCCUCUGCUAUCUGCCUGGUGUUCAUGAUUGGGGAAGUGAUUGGUGGGUACCUAGCACAUAGCUUGGCGGUCAUGACCGACGCAGCCCACCUGCUCACUGACUUUGCCAGCAUGCUCAUCAGCCUCUUCUCCCUCUGGAUGUCCUCCCGGCCGGCCACCAAGACCAUGAACUUCGGCUGGCAGCGAGCUGAGAUCCUGGGAGCCCUGCUGUCUGUCCUGUCCAUCUGGGUCGUGACCGGGGUACUGGUAUACCUGGCGGUGCAGCGGCUGAUAUCUGGAGACUAUGAGAUUGAGGGGGGCACCAUGCUGAUCACAUCAGGCUGCGCUGUGGCUGUGAACAUCAUAAUGGGGUUGACUCUUCAUCAGUCUGGCCACGGGCACAGCCACGAUGCCAGCCCUCAGCAGAACCCCAGUGUCCGAGCGGCCUUUAUCCACGUGAUUGGAGACUUUCUGCAAAGCUUAGGCGUCCUGGUGGCCGCCUAUAUUUUAUACUUCAAGCCAGAGUAUAAGUACGUAGACCCCAUCUGCACCUUCCUCUUCUCCAUCCUGGUCCUGGGGACAACCUUGACCAUCCUGAGAGAUGUGCUUCUGGUGCUGAUGGAAGGGACCCCCAAAGGCGUGGACUUCACGGCCGUGCGGGAUCUGCUGCUGUCAGUGGAGGGGGUGGAAGCCUUACACAGCCUGCACAUCUGGGCCCUGACCGUGGCCCAGCCGGUGCUAUCUGUCCACAUCGCCAUCGCUCAGAGUGCAGAUGCCCGGGCAGUCCUGAAGGCGGCCAGCGCCCGCCUGCGGGGGACAUUCCACUUCCACACCAUGACCAUCCAGAUCGAGGACUACUCGGAGGACAUGAAGGACUGUCAGGCGUGCCAAGUUCCCUCGGACUGAAUGCCCAGCCAGGUGCCAGCCGGGGCGUGGCAGGACCAGACUCAGUCAGGACUUGACCUCCCCGGCUGCUGUAUGCCAGGCCCCUCUCCUGACUUCUGCUCCGUGACCACUCAAGGAAUGGGGCUCCCGCCUCACCGCCCCCAUCUGACUCCGGCCAGCCCCAGGACAGGACUCAGCAGGCAUAAACUAGUGUGACCCUACUCCUGCUCCUGGCUGCUCCCCAAAGGCUGGGUUUGGGUCUCCACAGCUAAAGCUGUCUUGCCACCAGCCUUGAGCAAGGGGACGCAGUGAGGGCAAAGUCCGUUUGCCUGCCUGCCUCAGUGCACAUUUUCAGUGUCUCCGGCUUUGCCUAAUGGAUCUGUAAAGAAGUCAGGGGAACAGCGCCUCCUCCCUCAGCCACUAACACUAUGAUUUAAGGAGACCAAGAGGAUGGGGGUCUGUGUGAACCCUGCCUUCUAUGGGGAUCCAGGGGGUCCCCAAAGCCUGGGAUCCACCUGUGUCAUAGUCACUUCAGCUGUGAGCCAAGUGUUCUCCUUUCCUGGAGGGAGGAGGCUUCGAGUAAGUGAGGAAGGAGCUGGUUUCCUCUACUCCCCCCAGGGCGCUGACCCCACACACAUGUCCUACCACGGUGGGGGCCGAGAUGUCAGCCUGGGGGUGCCUUAGCAGCCUCAGAGCCCCCAGCUGCUGUGGUGCCCUGAUAGUGUCCUGCGGGUCACAGGGAGGCUGCGUUGCUGGACAGCCGCUCCUGGGCAGGACUCGGGCAGGGGACAAAGGGGUCAGACAGCUGGGACAGGAGACACUGGCUUCCUGGACUAGGGGUGGCUGUUUAUAAGAGGAGGGAGGAGCUUCUUAGAGGGGCGGUUUGCCCAGCCACAGGGCAGCCUGGCUCAGUGACCUGUCUCUGCCAUGACAAGGAAAUGCCUGAGGCCAGUUGCUCCUGUGCCUGCUUGUCCUCAGCCUGAGCUGCUGACACCCAAGGCCUCGGCACUGAAGAGGGGCUAUGCAUUAUCCCUCCUGAAAAGGCGGCCCGAGGCUGCCUUCCUAGGCAGCCAGGUGGCCUCCCGGCCUUCAGAGUGUGUUGACUGCCUGACCCAUGGUGGGAGGAGGGGGUCAGUCAUGCUCCAUUCCUUCUGAGUCUCUGUCCAUCUGUGAAAUGACCUCUCUGUGCCUUUCUAGCAUGUCACCUGCGUUGCCUGUCAUCUAGAUCUGGGUUUCU